UCCCCACGAGCGUAGAUUUGGGAGCCUUCAGCCUUUCUUUUAUUCUCUUCCCCCGCCACGAAACAAUCGGAGCCUCCUCCCUCGACAGCUCAUAGAGCUUCUUGCUCUUCUUGGUUCGAAGCCAUGGAGGCCCUCUUGAGCUCGAUCGUUCCUCCGAGGCUUGCUGAAAUCUCUCCUUCCCGCCAGUCUCCGAUCCCUCUCCUGUUCAAAGCUCCUAGCUUUCGAUGUUGUGGAUUCUUGAAGACCCAAGAAAAUCUUGAUGUCUUGACGCUCUCAUCAUCGUCGGAAUCGAGUGCCCAGAGGAGUUGGAGCAGGCUCAGAGCUCUCUCCCAUGACAUCUCCGGUGGCGGCGGGUUAGAGGAUGGGGCGCCCGGGAACGGGUCUGGCUCCAUCGCCGACGAGGUUUUGCCUCCGGUUGAGAGAAAUUGCAGUCACAAUGGUAGCCAAGAAAUAGGCAUCACUGAAAAAUCAGAGAUGGUAUCACCUGUCACUUGUGGAAUUGGAACCAGUGGAUCUAGAGCUGGGCUUUUCAGAACACCUAUUUCAGGUGGUGUACAGAGUGCAACCUCUGCUCAUGAUUUACCUCCGCCAGCCUUGGCUGUUCGUAAUCUGAUGGAGCAGGCCAGAUUUGCUCAUUUGUCCACUGUAAUGUCUCGGAUGCAUCAUCGUAGUGCAGGAUAUCCAUUUGGUUCUCUGGUUGACUUUGCAACAGAUUCAGUCGGCCACCCAAUUUUUUCACUGUCACCAUUGGCUAUACACACCCGGAACCUGUUGGCAGAUCCCAGAUGCACACUUGUUGUACAGAUACCUGGAUGGAGCAGUUUAUCAAAUGCACGUGUGACAAUAUUUGGAGAUACUGCCCCUCUCCCAGCUGACCAACAGGAAUGGGCUCACAAGCAAUACAUAGCAAAACACCAACAAUGGUCAUCCCAACAAUGGGGAAACUUUUACUAUUAUAGGAUGCAGAAUAUAAGUGACAUAUAUUUCAUCGGAGGCUUCGGUACAGUUCAAUGGGUAGAUGUCAAGGAAUAUGAGGCCCUUCAACCUGACAAGAUUGCAGCUGAUGGUGGAGAACAAAAUCUAAAGGAACUGAAUGUGAUAUUCUCAAAACCACUUAAAGAACUUUUAUCUACAGAAGUGGAGAUAGAUGAUGCGGCUCUCAUAUCCAUUGACAGCAAGGGGACUGAUAUACGUGUUCGCCAAGGUGCACAGUUCAACAUUCAGAGGCUAUCAUUUGAAGUGGAGCACGAAGUGGAAACUUUGGAAGAAGCUAAGCAAGCGCUUCAAAAGAUAAUCGACAGGGUUUUUAGGUCAAGAUCACAUAACAGUAGUUGAACUUUUGGCUGGUGCUUUAUGAAAGGAAAGGAAAGAGGAAUGGAAGUGGAUCCAACAUGUCCACUGUCAACCUAAAAAAUGCUCGUCUCCAAAUUCAUAUUUGAAAUAUGCAUGACAUUAUAAUCGUAUAUAAAGUUUUGACUUAAUGCUAGAGUAUUUCAGAGUGUAUUGAUGAA